UUUUAUUAUUUUCUAGUUACAUCUCGUCCUAAAAUUCAGUCACAGCUCCUGCCACUGAUUGUAAGAUUGGGGGAUCCUAUUAGUCUCAAUUGUACAGCAACUGGUAGGCCACCACCUUUAGUACAGUGGACUAAAGAUGGUGUCCCAGUUGAGAGUGAGAAUAUCUCCAUUGGUCUCUAUACCAUCAGUGAAAGCAUUAUCAUCAUGAGGAGUAGUGUCAGUGAUGGUGGUACUUAUGUUUGUACUGCUAAUAAUACUGUUGGUACUGAUUCUUAUAGUGUACAAGUGGACAUAACAACUCUUCCAUCAUUCACUACUACACCAGGACCAGUAUCAAACUUGACUGGAGAUAACAUUAAUAUAAGUUGUAUUGCUAUUGGUCUGCCUACUCCAUCAGUAAAAUGGGUUAGACUAAACAAGACCGAUUCAACAAAUACUACCAUAUCUAAUAAUGGUGUUCUCAUUAUUAACAAUUCUUCAUUGUCUGAUACUGGAGAUUAUGUUUGUGUUGCUACUAAUAUUGUUGGUAUUAAUACAGCACAGAUACCUAUUGAAAUAAAGGAUCCUACUGAGGUUCCUGUGUUGACAAAACUCCCAGACUGUAUACCAUGCUGCAAUCGUGAGUUCUCAGUUUCUAUCGGCACUCUACCUGAUACAACGUUUGAUUGUCAAGCGAGUGGAUUGCCUCCUCCUCGAUAUGACUGGUUCGUCAAUGGCACUAAUGUAUCAGAAAUUAAUUCACAUCAGUAUAAAGUCCUUCCCAAUGGAACGCUUGUAAUAACCAGAGUCAAUUCAUCUUUUGAUGGAACCUAUCGCUGCCUUGCUAGUAAUAUUGUUGGUACUUCUGCUGUUCAUUUUGGUGCAUCAUUUACAAUCACAAUAGCCGGUACUUCGGAAGACAUGGUUGUUCUUACUCGGUCAAAUAUUGUUCUUUCCUGUGGGGCUCAUAAUGAUUCAUACUGGAAGUAUAAUGGCUCUGUUGUUAUUGCUGGUGAAGUACAAAGAGAUGACGGGUCACUAGAGAUACAUGGGGUCAACUUACUACAUGCAGGAGCGUAUAUCUGUGUCUAUAAUAAAACCGGCAGACUACUCACACACACAAUCUUCCUUCAUGUACAGGAAAGGAAAGAGCCGCCAUAUUUUAUCAGUUUAUUAAAUGACACUCAAGUGUUAGCAGGAAGGACUCUCUCGUUGACUUGUCAUGUGACAGGACCGACUGGUUAUGAUGUAAUGAUUAAUUGGUAUCAUAAUGACAUCAAGUUGAGGGGAACUGAUGAGAUUUUCAUUACAGAUGGCAAUAAGACGCUGACACUGUUUGGUAUUGGUUUUAUGUGGUCUGGGAAUUUCAGUUGCUCUGCAAAAAAUCAGUAUGGCAUAUCAACAUCUGCUGCACUUGUACAAGUUCAUGCUAGGGCACCUGAUGAGCACAUGAUUGUACUCCAUAAUUCGAUUGUUGAUUUAGACUGCAGUGAGUUUAUCAAUGAAGGAGGAGAAGGUGGCGGGGGUGGUAUUAUGGAGUGGAGGUACAAUGGAGAGAAACUCCAAUCAAGGGAAGGAUACUCUACAUCAACUCUCCUUAAGCUACACGAUGUAUCAUUGAGCAAUCAAGGAGAUUACACCUGUCUUGUUGCAAGGGUUGUUAAAAAAAUUUUCUUUGUUGAAGUGGUUGUUCCUCCUUUCAUUGUUGAAGCUACUAAUAAAUCUGUCAUCCUAAACACUUCACACAAGAAUUUAGACUGUCCUUACUAUGGCAGGCCAUUCCCUUUGCUCCGAUGGAGGCACAACUCCACACUGAUUGAUCUGAGCAGUAAAUACUCUGUAUUUCAUAAUGGCACUCUGGUUAUCUACAACAUCAAUCCGCAUACUGAUGGAGGAACAUACAGCUGCACUGCUGUUAAUAGCUAUGGUAGAGCCAGUCUCUCGUAUGAAGUCAAUAUCUACUGAUUGUGUUCACAUUUUUUUCAUGACAAUUUUAGAAUCUAUAAUAAUAAUUAUAUAAAACAAAUUUAAAAGGACUGUGAUAACAGAUAAA